AAUAAGAGGCCUACGUUUGGAGUGUGAGGGAGAGGACAAAGAGAGGAGGGACAAUUUGUGAGAGAAUCAUCGGUUUUCCAACUAAUUAUUCUCUGGUAACCCAAAAGGUUUGAUGCACACCAACUAUUUGAUCCAUGACACCACACUAAUCCAGCUUUCGGGGGUGAUUCCCUACUCUAUUGUAUUUUAAUCCGGUGGGUUAGUGGCUCCUUCUCUGUUAUCCACACUGGCUUCCACGAGACCUCCUCGCUUUUCUUGCAAGUUUUCUAUAUGUUCCACCUGCUAAAGUAAAAAUAGUCUCUCCGGUGCACCACGUCAGCUCGUGCACUGCCUCCUCUUACAACCGGGGCGAUUAGCGAUCACCAAUGGAGGAUGGGGAAGGGCGAGGGCGUGGACGAAUUCAGAUUACUAAGUUUGGUAACCUCGUCGAGAUCACAGCGCCCCUCCUCGGUCGAUAGCGAAAAGGACGAGAAGAAGCAGCAGCAGAGGAAGAAGAAGAAGAAGCAGCAUUUGCGAUUCCCACCACCACCGCGGCGGCGGCGGCCGCGGCGGCGGGGAUCAUGGCGGUGAGCGUACCUGGUGCGUCGGCGGCUCCGGCGAUCGCGGCGGCGGCGGCAAUGGGGAGCAGCCCUAGGAUCGUCGGCGUCCCCGCGACGAAGGAGUUCGGCGGGAUCCGGCGGUCGUGGUCGGAGCCGCAGCUCCGCUGCUCCGUGAUCGUCCCCCGCGCCGCCGCGCUGAAGAAGAGCCGCUCGAUGGGGGUCUUCCCCUUCUCGAUCUCGGGAUCGAUCCUUCCCGGCUCGAUCCGGUCGUUCCUCUUCGACUCCGACGACGCGCGCGGCGAGAUGCGGCUCGUGGACGCGGAGGAGGGCGACGAGGAGGCGGGAUCGGAGGAGGAGGAGGAGGCGGACGAGAAGGCGGAGAGGGCGAACUGGGUGGAGAGGCUCCUCGAGGUGAGGACACGGUGGAGGGAUCGGAAACAGAGGGAGGAGGAUAAUGCGAAUUACGAUGAGGAGGAGGAGGACGAGGACGAGGAGGAGGACGAAGCGGAUUACUACUGCGGCGUGAGCUACGACACGGAGGAUGAAGAGGAGGAGGGAGAGAGCAAAGUAUCGGAUCGGAUCGCCGAGUGGGAUCGCGACUCCUUCUCGAAGCUUCUAGUCCGAGUCCCCUGGUCCGACGCCAUGCUCUUCUCCCAGCUCGCCCAUCUCUCCAACUUGGCCUACGUGAUACCCGAGAUCAAGGCAGCGGAAUUGAGGAAGUGGUACGACCUGCUGUUCGUGACGUCGUCGCUGGAGAAGAAAGCGGAGGCCGCGGCGGUGGUCGCCAAGCUCGAGCUCGACUCAACCCGGCCCAGCGCCGGACCGGCCCGUUCGGACUCGGGCGCGGCCGAGCCCAAGCGCCCGGUCCGCCCCGCGGUCGCGUACGACAUCGCCGCGUCGGCCGCGUCCUACGUGCACUCCCGCGCGAAGGGCCUCCUCUCGCUGGGCGCGCGACCCGAGGGGGUCGAGGAGGACGAGGACGACGACGAUGACGACGUGGCGAGUUGCAGCGCGGCGCCGUACAAGUCCGAGGUGGCGGCUUACGUGGCGGCGUCGACGAUGACGUCGGUGGUGGCGGCCGAGGAGGCGGCGCGGCGGGAGGCCGCGAAGGACCUGCGCUCGCUCCACUCCUCGCCGUGCGAGUGGUUCGUGUGCGACGAGCCCGCGACGCACACCCGCUGCUUCGUCAUCCAGGGAUCGGACUCGCUGGCUUCGUGGCAAGCCAAUCUACUGUUCGAACCAACUAAAUUCGAAAACACUGGAGUUCCUGUACAUAGAGGAAUAUACGAAGCCGCGAAGGGGAUCUACGACCAGCUGUUGCCCGAGAUCGAGGCGCACUUAAAGGCCCACGGCGACCGGGCCAUGCUACGGUUCACGGGCCACUCCCUCGGGGGGAGCCUGGCGGUGCUGGUGAGCCUGAUGCUGCUGGCGCGGGGCGCCGUUGGGCCCGGGGCGCUCCACCCGGUCGUCACCUUCGGCACGCCCUCCGUGUUCUGCGGAGGGCAGCGCGUGCUGGAACGGCUCGGCGUCGGCGAGGGGCACGUGCGUGCGGUGAUGAUCCACCGCGACAUCGUGCCCAGGGCUUUCUCCUGCAGCUACCCGGGCCACGUCGCGCUCGUGCUCAAGCGGCUCAAUGGCGCGUUCCGAUCCCAUCCCUGCCUCAACAACGAGAAGGUGCUGUACUCGCCGCUGGGCCGGACGUACAUCCUCCAGCCGGACGAGAGGUCCUCCCCACCGCACCCAUUCCUGCCCGACGGCGCGGCCCUCUACGCCCUAAACCCGCCGGCGGCGCGGAGCGCGGAUCGCGCCUUCCUGAACACGCCGCACCCGCUCGAAACGCUGAGCGACCCCAAGGCGUACGGCUCGGAGGGCGCCAUCUUGCGCGACCACGACUCGAGCAACUACGCCAAGGCCAUCAGCGCGCUCCUCAAGCAGCACACGCGCUCCGUGGUGCGCCGCUCCCGGGCGCAGCGCCUGCACCACUGGUGGCCCCUCCUCACCCGCCGCGCCUGCCCCGGCUCCAACGCGCCGGCGUUGGAGACGCGCCGCUUGGUCGCCGAGGAGCUCGUCACCGGCGCUUAGGCACUUCUCGCACGACUGAUGUUGCGGUCUCGGUCCGUGUACUCGACUUAAAUUGCGUCCGUCGAGGAAAAAAAAUAAAAAAAAAAUAAAAAAAAUUAAAAAAAAAAUAAAAUAAAAUUGGUGGGCUUGUUCUUUGCAAAAAAAAUUUCCUCAAGGAUUCCUGUACAUGCUAAAAUGGGCCGGGCUUGUUCAUUCGUUCCUUUUGUAUCUUUUCUGGUAAACAAUUAUCCGGAUUCAGUUUAUGUUUCAUCAGAGAUUCA